AUGAUCGGUUACUCACUAUCACGGCUCUCUCAGAUAUCAAGAACCUUAUGGAGGACAGCGUCUACGGUCCCGGGUUCAAAUGUUCCUAUCAUGAUCAAGGGAAGACCUGCUUCUGAAGUCUAUGACGACAAAUCCGACUUGAUGCAAACGAUUGAUAUCGAUGACCUCCCCCGAGCACAAAAAAGAUUUGCCGUACAGUUCGAAAAGGUGAACGAAGAAAGAGUCAAAGAUAUUUUCGAAAAGAACUAUAAGGUAAUCAAUUCCCCAAUAAAAAAUACAAUCCUUUCAGAACCACAUUGGACUUGCAUUGUUAGGCGGUAUGGCUGUAGGAAUAUAUUACUACACGAUUCAUGCUGUGCGACAAGAAACGUUCCUGGAGGAGAUUGAUGAGGAAGUCGCGUUGGAAAGAGGCGAGACUCCACCGGCCCAUAAAUGA